AUGAAACACCAGGAUCCUGAAAUCGACAUUGGAUUUGGUGCUGUUUUGGAACACCAACUACGACUGUGGGAAAGCGAGUUGCAGCAGCACAUUGACCAUAGAAUGAGAUGUAUCCUGCAAGAUGGCCAAAUCUUCAUUGGCACCUUUAAGGCUUUUGACAAGCAUAUGAACCUGAUCCUCUGUGAUUGUGAUGAAUUCAGGAAGAUCAAGCCAAAGAAUGUGAAGCAUCUGGAGCGUGAAGAAAAGCGGAUCUUGGGUCUGGUGUUGCUGUGUGGGGAGAACUUGGUUUCCAUGACUGUGGAAGGACCACCCCCCCCCAAAGGUACCCAAAUGCCCAAAGGCAUUUCUCAGGUACUUGCUGGAGUUGCAGGAGGGCCUGAGGUUGGCAGAAGAUCUGGCAGAGGAAUGCCAGCUGGUGUUCCAGUUCCCCGGGCUCCUGCUGGAUUAGCAGGGCCUGUCCGAGGGGUUGGGGGCCUUCCACAGGGAAGAGGCACUGUAGCAGCUACUCUUGUUGCUACUACUGGCAGCACUGUUGGAGCCCCAGCUCAGUAUCCACCAGGAUGGGGGACACCACCCAUCUUUGGUCAAGCAAUACCACCUCCAGACAUUAUGGUUCCUCCACCUGAUAUGAGACCCACCCAUGGGCCCACCAACAAGCUUCCCUCUGCUCGAGGGAUGCCAGUAGGCAUGCCCUCUCCAGGAAUGAGACCCCUAUCUCCCCAGGAAUGCAUCCAUGAAGACCCUAGGAUACUUUGA